AAACUCCCACCUUACCACACGCCCUCCAAUUUCCAUGGCCGGCACCAAACGCACCUGGGAAGGCCAACAACUGCCCACGAGAACCCCCGACUCACCUUUCAACAUGGACACCGAAGCUACAAGCGCAACCACCCCACCCUCGAUCCAAAGCAUGUUCAAAACCUUCCGCAACGAACUAGACGAACACCACGACCGGCGCGAGCGCCUUAUCAAGACAAGCAGAGACAUCACCGCUCUCAGCAAGAAAAUAAUCUUCUCCCUCCAACGCGUGCGCAACACCCCCGGCACCCCCCUUCCGCCCUCAAUCGCCACCGAAAUAAACCCCCGCUUCACGCAAAUUACCUCCCUCUUCGAAUCCACCCUCCCGGACCUCCAGACCAUAAACCAACACCGCUACCAGCGACAACUCAGCGGCGCGAUCCAGGAGUUCAUCGAAGCGCUCUCCUUCCGGCACUACCUCACCACCCAGACCCUCAUCACGAUGGCCGAGAUCCGCGCCCAUCUGCCUGACGGGAUCCUGUUGACGGAGGAGGAUUAUCUGAUGGGGGUGUUUGAUUUGACCGGGGAGAUGAUGCGGUUUGCUGUGACGGGGUUGAGUGCUACUACUACCACUACUGCUGCUGCUGCUGCUGCUGCUGCUGCUUCUUCUUCUGCCUCUGGGGAUGAUGGGCAAGAUGCCGGGAAUGGGGAUGGGGAUGGGGAUAAGGGAAGUGCGUCGAAGGCUGUGCAAAAGAAGAGGGUGUUUCUCCGACCCGAGCAGAAUGCCCUCGUCGUGGAUUUACGCGCCAUGCGCGCGGCGAUCGAGCUGCUGAGUAUCCCGCGGAGGCACGCGGGGUCGAUGUUUCGGGAUCUCGGUCGUAAGACGGAGGUGAUGCAGGGGUCCGUGGAGAAGGUGGAGCGUGCGGCGUAUGGGAUUCUGGUCAGGGGGAGUGAGCGGCCGGAAGGGUGGAGGCCUGAUCUCAGUUCGGCGGGUGGGCCGGAGGGUGAGGUUUAUUAG